UAGAUGUUGACAGUAGUGGGGGUUAAUAUUAACGAUGAUUAAAGUUUCAUAAGUUGUGGUGGGGAUGAGCCUAUAUAACCUAGCUUAAUCCUCGGAACCUAACAGUCUAUGUGAGUUGAGUGUGCUUAUUUUAUGCUCUAACCUAUAAACAAUCCUAACCUAUCAUCUAACCAAAUAGUGAAGUGUAUAACCUCAAAUUUUACAAGAAAAACAAUGGAGCUUUUUAUCGACUGUACAUUUCUCGAUAAUUCAAGUGGAGAUCGAAUUGUCAAAGAAUUCUGUGCAGUUGGAGAUUUCUAUGAUAAUGAACCUCCGUCAUGGAAAUGUGCUUUGUUUCUACCUCCAUGUCAUUGGGAAUCGCUGCCUGCAAAGAUUAAAAGCACUAACCUCUGGACUAUGAGAAAUUGCACGGGUAUUCCAUGGGAUGCAGGUGACGUACCUCAGGAUCAAGUGGAACAGGUUGUAAAGACGACAAUAAUUACUGCUAAUCCCUAUUAUAUCUUCGUUGAUGGUGAGGGAAAGAAGCAAUGGCUGGAGGAACUAAUUGGCGCAUCGAUUCCAAUCAUUGAGAUUAACAUGAUGGGAUAUCAUGGAUGCAAUAAAUCGUUGGACUGUGAUUACAACAUCUUUCAUAAAUGCGUCAGAAAUCCUAGAUGUGCUUGUCAGAACGCUUAUGGUAUGUACGAAUGGUACAAAUUUCGCUGGGGUACCAAUAGUCAGAACAAAUCAAUUCUUCUUUAUCUGCUGUUGGGAGAAAGUAUUUUCAAAAUGGCGCCAAAGGACGUUAGACAACUAUCUGAUGACUUCAUGGAACUAGUUGCGUUGGAAGAUGUGAAUAAUAAUUGGGAAUCGAUGUCAAAAACGAUGAUAAAGAACAAUGAAAUCAAAGGAUAUCGAAGCUUGGAACAGUAUGAUUCUGUUGGUUAUGAUGUUGCUGAAGAUCGCAAGCCUUUAAUAUGUGAUUGCUGUUCAAAAUGUCUAUGUAUAGAAAACAGGUGCUCUUCAUUGUAUACAGAGUAA